AUGGAAGAUAAAUAUUUUGCAUGGGACGAAAUUUCGGAUGGAUUAAUUUUAUUAAGUACGCAAAAAACGGAAGAUGAACAUGUUAAAAAGAUUAAACAAAGGUCUGAUCCUGUUCAUCAAUCAAAUGUGUUUUGUCCACAUGCAUACUUAAUUUUAAAUUUUCAUGAAACCUUAAGUCAACGUGAGCAGCUAAAAUUUAGAAAGUAUUAUUUGAGGAAAGUACCUCCAAAUGAACCAGAUGUCAUUAUUUUACAAGACAUAAAAGAUCUUGUAAUGUUUUUGUUAAUCAGUCCUAUAAGCCCUCAAUUUGUGAACUUCUUUCAUUUACCAAUAGUUGAUCGCUUUUUAAGAGCUACAAUAAUUUAUUUUCAAUAUUAUGUUAUGACAUGGGAAGAUUUAAUGAAUGAACGAGCUGCUACCAUGAAAAAGGCACCAAAUCCUUUAGCUCAAGGUCAUAGAUCUAGAUUUACAGAAGAAAUGCUAAAUCUUCGCUUUAUCUUAGGUAGAGAAUAUGCUGAUUUAAUAAUAGGUUGUCAGGAUAGUAUUCUAUAUCACCACAUGACUGGUGGAAAAAAAGGAGAGUCUUUGUCACAAUCACAAGGAGAAAAAGAUUUAAGAAUGUUUGAAGUGCUAAUUUGUAUGGCACAUCGUAUUGUUUGGAUAGCUUUAGAACGCAAAUAUUUUUAUUUGAUUGAAAUAGAAUUACAUAGAUUAUUUAGAACUGAUGCAUAUAACACAGCAGAAAGACUACACACCAGUCAAAUUAUUCAAGAUAUGUUAAUUAAUGACAUUCUAGUGUUACAAGGUCAAAAGAAUCAAGAAAAAAGAAAAUUAUUGAGAAAUUCUCCUUUAAUACAAGAUUUGAUAUAUUCAGAUUGUGAUUAUCGUCUCUUAUCUUUAGGAAUAGAAGAUGAUUCACAUGAUGAACGAAUUUGUUUCUUACAAAAUGCUCUUCUUGUUGAGGAAGACAAAUUACAUGAAUUAGGAAUAAAAAUAGGAAUUCUAGGAGAAAAUAGAGCUAAUUAUGAUAUAAUGCUAAUGCCCCUUGAAAAAGAAGAAGAAGAUGAUGAUAUACUACAAUUAUCUGAAAGAAGAAAAUAUGAAAGAAGAAAAAGUACUAAAGAUACAUUGCAAGAUAUACAAAUACCUAUAAAACUUCGGAGACUUCCGUCAUUCCAAACCAAAUUUGAAUUAACUCAAGACUUUUUGAUGAAAGCAAUUGACAUUUCACCAAGAGGCUAUAAAACUGUUCGUAAACAGGGAAGAAAGAAAUGGUUUAUUAGAGAACUUAAACGACAGGGACUUAAAGAAACAGACACAUAUUCGGUAGUAACAACGUUAGAGUAA